AUGGUUAAGCUUCUGGUUUUCUUGUUAGUUAGCCUUUUGGCUGUUACUUUUACUAGAGCAGUAGUAGGUACGGGAGGAGCCGUUACCGAUCACAAGAAGGAUGUCAUCCCUCAUUACGAUAAAUUUGGCCAUAAAGGAUUAAGUCACCGAUAUUUUAGCAAACAUCAUCCUUACAACAUCCUCGGGGUAGGCGGGGGUCUAGGACACGGUGGUCUCGGAGGUUUAGGACUUGGAGGACUCGGAGGAAAAGGAGGACACGGUCUCGGAGGUUUAGGACUUGGAGGACUCGGAGGAAAAGGAGGACACGGUCUCGGAGGUUUAGGGCUUGGAGGACUCGGAGGAAAAGGAGGACACGGUCUCGGAGGUUUAGGACUUGGAGGACUCGGGGGAAAAGGAGGACACGGUCUCGGAGGAGGACUGGGACAUGGUCUUGGAGGUCUCGGAGGUCUCGGGGGACUCGGAGGUCUUGGAGGUCUUGGACAUGGUUUAGGACACUUGGGAGGCGUGGGUAAAGCUGUGGUACCAGCAGUUGGGCACAUAGGAGUUGGAAAAGCCGUCGUACCAACUUUGGCACAUGUCGGACUAGGUAAGGCAGUGGUACCUGCUCUGGAACACGUAGGACACGGAAAGGCAGUCGUACCUUCCCUCGGCCAUUUGGGAGGACUCGGACACGGUCUCGGAGGAGGACUCGGACAUGGCCUCGGAGGAGGACUUAGUCCCGGUCUCGGACUCGGAGCUCUCGGCCUCCUCGGUGGAGGACAUAAAGGCUGUCUUUUACUAGUCACAGUUAUCGCUUCGGUAGUAUUUAGCGCCGUUUUAGCGACUCACGGCACUCCCAGUUACGAAGUGGUGAGUCUUCAUCCCAACUAUCAUGGUAAAGGUGGAGUCGGAAAGAGUACGAGAUAUGAUUAUCGUUUCAUCCCCGAUUAUCGCUUCAUUCGCCCCGUUGGACUAUUGAGUCACGGUUUGGGUCACGCAACCUAUGGGCAUAAACCCGUGAAUCCUGCCGUCUUACAUCAUGGACUCGGACACGGAUUAGGUCAUGGAAUUGGAAUCGGUCAUCAUGGACUCGGACAUGGAAUUGGUCAUCACGGACUCGGACACGGGCUCGGACAUGGUAUCGGACAUCACGGUCUCGGACAUGGAAUUGGUAUAGGUCAUCAUGGUAUCGGCCAUCACGGUCUUGGACACGGAGGUCACGGAGGUCACGGAGGAAUACCUUUCGUUGGUGGGCAUGGCUUUGGUAUUCCAGCUGGUGUUGGCCAGUUACCCUUUAUUGGUUAA